GCAACCACGAUGCCGAAGCGAAAGAAGCCCACUCCGCAGCAGCCCCCGCACCCCCAGCACCCACUGCCGGCGGAGGAGCCUGGAGAUGAGGAGGACGGGAGCCUCAUCGGACCACCCAGCCUUCUGGGCCCACCCCCCAUGGCCAAUGGAAAGCAUGGUGACCCCAAGUCAGUUCUUCACAGAGGUCCUCCAGAAUCGAGAGGACCAAUAAUUCCACCACUGCUGAGUCUCCCACCUCCUCCCCGGGGCAGAGGUCCAAUUCGAGGGGGCCUAGGUCCCAGGUUUGGCCCAUAUGGUCGUGGUUGGUGGGGAGUCAAUGCUGAACCUCCUUUACCUGGUCCAGGCCAUGGGGGUCCUUCCUGGGGUGGCUUUCACAAAGAGCAGAGAAACCCUCAAAGGCUCAAAAGUUGGUCUCUUUUCAAGAAUACCUGCCCACCCAAGGAUGGACCCCAAGUUACGGACGACAAAUCUGGCCGCCCUGUCUGCCGACAUUUUGCAACCAAGGGCCAUUGUCGAUAUGAGGACCUCUGUGCCUUCUACCACCCAGGCGUCAAUGGACCGCCUCUCUGAGACUGUGCCUUCCUAUGCAGGCUGGAAGAAGCUCUCUGUGACGUGGCGGCCAUACAUUUCCCCUGUGAUCCUCUGAUAGCUACUGUGAGGCUGUUUGACCUACCACCCUCACUGACGCCAUUCCCUCCAUUUGGGGUCCAGAAUUGUGUUUUAUCACUAGUACAUUGCUUUUCUGAUCCAGCCUCCAGAGACUCACCAUUGGAACCCCAUCUUGGCUCUCUUCAACUGCCUCUGGAUCCAUUCCCCAUCAUCUAGUGACUACUGAACAGGAAACCUCUUUGGUUCUGUUUCUUGUGCAUCUGUCCACCCAGACUCGUUUUGUCCUCAUUUCCUGAGAGCCCUGGAGCAGUUUCCACCAUUUCUUCUUCUAGCUGCUUGUUGAAGGCCGUUUCAUGUGACCACUCCCUACCCUCGAUGUCAGCUGCUCUGUGAAACUCAUCAGGUUGUCUGACCUGGGACAAGUUUGGAUGACUGGGACAGAGUCAUUCCUCAGAAGGUCACUUCCCCCUCAACUUCAGAUUUCAUAGUUUUGGCGUCAGUAGCAUGAUCUCUACCACUGUGGUCUGUGAUCACUGUGCUUUGUGAAACUGCAUCCCCUCCUAACCCUUCUUGGUGUCUGUGGAAUUUUCGUGAGUUCCCUAAACUAGAGUAGUUUCUCUGCCAAAAUGAAUGAGUCUUUUGGUGCCCUCUAGACUUUCCCUACCUCCCAACAUGGAAGAAUUGUGAAACUUUCCUUUAAGACCUCCUCCCCUUCUCCCAGUGUAUUUGUAUUGGGUUUGACACAAGUCCGUGAAAUAUUCUUUAAAGUCUCUAAGGGACUCUCCUUUCUCUCUUUAGCCCGUUUCAGUUCAACUGUGUCAUUGUGAGUCCACCAGCCCUUUUGUUUGAAUUCUGUGAUGCUCCACUGGGCCUAACUUUGGUGGAACUUGGACUGUACUGUCACCUCCAACCUUCUAACUCCUGCAUCCUUGUCACUGAUUGUUUUCUGUGAAAACAGCAGUGAACAAAUUCAGUUUUGAAGUGGCCCUGAGGUCAGGAAUUGCAUGGGCAAGAAGGAGGGAUGAGAGCUGUUGGAGAACUAAGGAAGAUUUUUUUUUUAACAUUUUUUAUAUUAGUAAUAAAUGCAGUGGAAACAAAAAAAUAA